AUUCAUAGCUGGUUUGACCACGGAGUAGUCCUCUUUCUUCUGCGGGGUUUGGCAUGGUGCUACAGUGCUCUUUUCAUUUUCAUUAAAGUUGAACAUACUUGUUAAUUCGUCAUCUAAUUGGAGUUAAUAACUAAGAAAUGCCGAAGAAUAAGGGAAAGGGAGGUAAAAACAGGAGAAGAGGUAAGAACGAGAAUGAAACUGAAAAGAGAGAGCUGGUAUUCAAGGAAGAUGGCCAAGAAUACGCGCAAGUAACCAAGAUGCUUGGUAACGGAAGGCUGGAAGCGAUGUGCUUUGAUGGGGUUAAAAGACUUUGUCACAUCAGAGGAAAACUUCGUAAAAAAGUAUGGAUCAAUCAAGGUGACAUUAUUUUGAUCGGCCUUCGUGAUUACCAAGAUGCCAAAGCCGACGUCAUUCUCAAAUAUACAUCUGACGAAGCUCGUAAUCUCAAAACUUAUGGAGAAUUUCCAGAAACAGUUCGCAUCAACGACACUGUUACAUUUGUCGAGGAUGGAUUCGACGAAGAUAUUGAGUUUGGUGAUGAAAUUAGCGACGACGAUGAGGAUGACGUCGAUAACAUCUGAUGACCCGAAAAAUAAUCAAUGGUGGUGAGGGAAUGGAGUAUAGAAGAAUUGAGUGGUGAAAAUUGCAUCACAUGGAGCACAGCCAAGGCAUUCUGCUUGCUUCCAAUCAAUACAUAAUUGAUCAAUUGUAUCUACAAAUAAACAAUUGUAACCACUGAUUAAUGCAGUCAUCCUAUCGUAACAACUAUAAUACGCAACCCUUGUAUAUGUAAAUUUAAUGUAGACCGAAAUAGCAUAAUAUGUUACUCGUAAUAUUAUACUAUGCACAUUAUAUGCCUAUAUAUAUAUUGCUAUUUCAACAGUCGCAAAUUGACCGCAUCAACAAAAAUUAUUAGAUCAAUUUAUUACUAAAUAAAACUUAUGUCGCUAACUCUACGUUAAAGACUAUCUUCAAAAAAUUCCCUUGAGCGAAUACACAUUGCAAGUUUUUAAUGAAACCGUAGUUUUCAUCGGAAAGAGAAUUAUGAUCUACGAAGAAGUCCACUGCCAAUAUUUAUUUGUAAAGUUCGUCGUUAGUGGUAUUGGUUGUAAUUUGACAUGAAUGUUGAUAGUAUUUUUCCUUUUGUUUCUUUUAGAUAAAUUAUUAGAGCAUCAGUCAUUCCUUACGACUUAGGUG